AGCUAAUUAAGAAGGUCUAACGAGUUUUCAAUAAUUCACAAAGCUUCAUUAAUGUGACCAACUCCGCCCUUUCCCUUUCUUUUUACCUCUCUCCCCUUCUAUGUUCCUUAUAGCCCAUUUUGCGUCACGCCAGUGCAAGGUAUAUAUACCAAACACAGAAACUCGUCUGGCUGACCCAUCUAUGAACUCAUCCUUUCUUUUUCUUUUUUUUUUUUCCUCAUGCAACAGUGCUGUGGAAUUCCUUCCCAGAACACAUAGUGGCAAACACCGAACGCAAAGAAUUCCGCGAGAAACUAAGAAUCCGCUACGCAGCCUCAGACGACCCCUGUUCCCCACACUGACUCAUCUAAAUAUCUACCUGCUCUGAUUUUUUAAGUUUUAUUUUCAAUGUAUUCUCAAUUGUACCUUCUACUUGCCUGACUGUUAUUCGGGUGUAUAUUUUUGCAUUUUUGUUCGAGAAAUUGAAGUUUACCAUGUCGUUAUGUCCCCCCUUAUGUAAUGUCUUCGGGCCCUCAAGGAGAAACAAAUGAAAUGAAACUGCGUUGACUUACGAAAAAAAAAAAAAAAAAAAAAAAAAACUCGCAUGCACUGUGUUUUAUCAGAGCGCCAAUAAGUAAUAAUUUGAACGUCAGUGCAUUUAGCCGGGUUACUCAUCCGCGGCGUAGUUUUAACUGUUCAGGUGCAAGGGCUCAAUUAAUUAAGUUACCCGAGAGAGUCCAUUCAAUUAAAUGGCGCGUAGGUGUCCUUAUCGCUAUCGUUCUGCGUAAAUCUCCUUAUCACCGCGUUUUGUUCGUCGGCUAUAGUGCACGCAUAUAUACAUAUCGCAUUCAUUUUUUCCGAAAGAUUGAUACGUGACCGUCAUUGUUCUCGAACGAUAUACAGCUCGAGCAGAGCCACUGAAGACCCGGAACGAUCUGCACGUUUCUUGUUCCCGGCUCCGCGAUGAACUGGAAAUGGGUCCGCCUUGCCGUGCUCGUGGCAGUUAUAGUGCUCAUCGCUGUUAUCCUGUACCUGCUGCUGCACCGAGACGAGUCUGUCUGCUACCCUGACACUCGUGGGGACACGUGUUACCAUGGAAACCAGGGUGCUUACCGCCUCUAUGGCACCAAGACCGACUACCGGGUCCUGGUCAAGAUGUACGAGCUGGACAAACAGGGCGAAUACAUCUUGCCGGGAUGCACAGCACGAGGGCUGUUCCUCUACAAUCGUCACACCACACGCUACCCUGACCGAGAGGACAUUGUCAAGAUGGUGGAAGCUUUGCCUCGACUGCAGCGUGCUGUCUUGGAUUCUGCAAACAACAGCAGGGUUCACCUAUGCAAGAAAGAUAUACAGGCACUCUCCAAUUGGACGAUGAAAUUCAAGCCUGACGAUGACAACCAUGUGACAGAAUCGGGCAAGGAAAUCUCAGCCGAUCAAGCAAAGCGCUUCUUGACUCGGUUCCCACAGCUCUUCAGCAAGUUCAACGCGAGUGACUAUGUGGUGGGCUUUACAAGUCGAGUCCGCACGCAGGAAACUGCAGAGGCAUUCCUCAAGUCUCUCCUUUCACAGCAGGAGUACACGGAAGUUGAGAAAAACUUUCUCAGUCCGCAAGAUGACCUUCUGCAGUUCCAUAAAGAGUGCAACAAACUCAUCAAGGACAAAGAAGACACCCCAGCUGCUGUCGAAGCCUUUGAAAAGGGGCCUUACAUGAAAAGAUUGCUGGACAGGCUCAGCUGGCGGCUGGGCUUCAAUGUUACCAAAGGCGACCUGAAGAUGUUACUGCGUGCGUGCAUGUUUGAGUAUUCAAUCUACGACCAGUCCCCCUGGUGCUCCGUCUUCACCGAGGACGACCUCAAGGCCGUUGAGUUCAAGGACGACCUGGAUGACUACUACGAGGACGGCUAUGGCGUCGAGCGCAACUACGCCCAAGCGUGCCCAGUUAUACAGGAGCUUGUGGACCGACUUGAAAUUAUGGCCCGUGAUCCAAGCCACCCAAACAAGGUCCUCUAUUUCUCGCAUGCGGGCGGAUUCAAGAAAGUGGUCGCACGUCUCGGUCUGAAACGUGACGCGAGUCCGCUCCAGGCCGACGGCCUGUGCACACAAGCAAACCGGGAGUGGCGGUCGAGCCUGCUCUGCCCAUUCAAUGGCAACGUCGCAUUCGUCCUCUACAAGUGCACCGGAGGCCAGCACGAGGUCGUGACCUUUCUGAACGAGCAACCCGUAAACCUCCCCGGCUGCACUGAUCACCACUGCCCCCUCGCGACCUUUGUGGACCACUACAAAAAAUAUGCGAGUUCGUGCAACUUGACUCAGAUAUGCUCGGUGUGAGCUGUGCACCGUCCACGAAGCCACCAAAGACAAAAUCUUGAACUCGUGCCUCGACAGAGUGCAGUGUUACGUUUGUUGACGUUUGCUGUAGUAAAACUGUGGCAUCUGGCUUUUUAUUUUUAAUCUUAUUCUAAUAUAUUCUGUAUCGUAUAGUGUUAUUGAAAAUGAUAGAUGUGUCAGUUUGCAUAAAGCUUGGAUUAACAAUGGCUGAACAGUGGAUGUCUCUGGAGCCAAGGUUUUGACAAGGGGACUUUGUUUUCGUCCACAUAUUGAAGACUUGUUUGACCAAGACUGAUCCCAUUGUCAAAACAUUGGCUUUAGCUUGUUCGUGUACCUCUGUCUUGUUUGCAUAAAAUUCUGGGCAUUUAUACCUAUUCAUGUGCAUUUGCUUUGCCACUGCUUGCCUUAACAAGAGACUUUAAAACAGCUUGUGCGCGAUGACCUUGGCACCGUGCUUAUACUACCUCAUGUGACAAAAAAAAUCGAGAUACCAUUUCUGGUCCUGACAACGGUAUGCGAAUUAUUUUGUGUAUACCAUUUGUGCAUUUUGCGCUAAAGAAGUCACAAUAUUGCCUUAUACUUAAUUUCUGAGUAGUGUACAGAUUCGAAAUGUCGCAGGGCUGGUAUAACGUAAGGAUUCAUUUGGCUGAAUUUUAUUCCUUUCUUUUUUAUCAAGUGCCACUCACGAGUGGCCGAUUCUGAUGAUAGCUUAGUCAGAGAAUUGCUCUGACCACCAAAGAAAUGCAAAUAGAGAAAUAGAAUUGGAAUAGAAUUGUUACAUUAUUACGAUCCUGAAUGCUACUUGCAUAAUAGGAAACUAUCUUAUCUGCUUCAGUCAUGAGUCUCUUCUACACUCGGAACUCUGCUUUUCCAUUAUUUUUAUAAACCUGUAUCUCACUUAUCAGCACUGAAAAGACAGGCAGUAAGCUAGCAAAGAAAUACACAUUCCCAUGACACAUUGAAGAUUCUGUGUGUUAGGCAUGUUCCCAUGGUAACUGCACCGCUAUUUAGUAUGUAUAGUCUUGUACCAUCUUUCAUUAUGGCAAAUUAGUAGCUGUACAGACCUCAUCUGGUCACAUACUUGAUCACAAAAGCAUUCCAUCAGGUUAUGAUGUUGAUCCACUUUACAAACACUUAUCAUCCCAUUCACAUCACUGUUCUAUGUAGAACAUUGAGUUUCCUUUUUUGUGCUGAAAUUUUGUUUGCCUAGAGGAUGCUUCUGAAGAUGUGGCGAACUUCAUCAAGGUUUGCCGCAUCUUCCGGACUCUGUACCCUUCGUACUUUAAACGCAUCUGUAACUUGUUUCCACUGAGAUGUGUUCUAGCAUUAUGAACUGUCUACAUGAGUGACAUGCUAAUCCCUCCCAACCUGUGUAAUGUGCCUUAAGAAGCUGUCAAAUAAUUUGCAGAGCAAUGGGCCUGUCAUCCUUUCUGAAGUCUUCGCUGUUGAAACACAACUAGCAGGUUGUCCAGCUUUCAUUCUUGGCGUGGCAGAACAAUAUGUUAAUGUUUUUAGCGUAGAAAUAACUCCACGCAAUAAAUUAAAUAAAGUUGUAUUUUGAUACCAAUCUAUUGUGUGCUCAAAGGACAAGAAUACAUUGCAGUUCGUGUGAUUCAGAAGAGAAGUGGUUUGUGACUUUGUAACACUGGCUCACAAGGUGUACGGGGAGAAUCUGCAUGGCAGGCCUCCCUGCAGUGGUGGCAAUGCAAUGGUGUUUGAACAAUUUUGGUGCACUGUUACGCUACAGCUGCUCUUCUGAUGUCAGUCACAUUCGCAGUGGAACUUUGUUUAUUAUCCUCAGCAAGAGUGUGUCACUCAAUCUUCCCUACAAUCAUCUAGAACAGCAGUCAGUUGAAGUAUACCAGUGCAGUCAAUACUGUGGGCAUAUGGAGCCUAUAGUUCGUCUGUCUGCAGAACAUCAAUAUAACGAAGUCAUCCUUACAGCGAAGAAAUUCGUUAAAUCGCAAGCUUCACCGAGUCUAGGUUUCUGUGUGUUGGUAAAAUUACUUUGCGGGUUCCAAGCACAGUCCCGGUGGAUGACACCUUGUCAGUAAGCAUUUAUGAACAGAAUAUACCACAAGGAAGUUGGCCAAUAAUUACGGGAUGAAAAACACUUGCGGGUGUCACAUAUGCGGUCGCAUCCAGGGCAGAGCUUCCGGCUGCCGUCACAUGGCUCCAUGCGCAUGAAUUUAUCGCCAUUGUCAAAGCACGCCAACCAUUUUGUUUGCUCCUGGUGCACCUGUAAUGGUGCACCUGUAUGCAACCAAUGGUGCACCUGUAUCAAGGCCAAGCUCACCGUAACGUAGUGCACAAUAGUGACACCGAACGCUGUUAAAGUGCUCGUAAGUUCAGUUCUGGUUGACACUUCCUGUUCCGCCUCGCCGCUGGCACAUCGCGUGCCAUGGCCUCCGAGAUCGGGCUGCUCGUAGUCCGAUUUUGGUUGAUCGCUCUAUGCGUGCAAAUGGUGAAUUCACUGUCGAGCUAUACGUGUUUCUGUUAAACCGUAUAGCUAUUUCACCCGUUUUCGUGGUCAACGGUGGUGUGUCGAUUUUUUUGUCACCGAUGCAAGGAGCACGCGCCAACUUUAAUACCUCUCCGAGACGCACGUGCUGUAGCAAGAUCGCUUUGUGGCGUCCAAAAAUUGCAUUCCUUGCAUAUGCUGUGGCUGGGCACUCGGGAAGAACAGCCUUCUUACCCUUCUCCCGACGCCCCCUCCCUCUGUAGAGGCUUCGGGAGAGGAAGGUAACGGUCGCCUUCAACGCCGGCGCUCGUGCCGCUGGGGCUAGAUGACACACACGUGUUUACUAUCACUACAGAUCAGUGCUGGUUAACGUUCUACAGUCCUCUACGGAAUUACUCAAUAAAAAAACAACGCUACCUAAACAUCCUCAAUGGCAACAAAUAUACUACCACAAAAGGCCCUCAUUUCGUUAAAGGGGUUCCGAAAGGAUAUAUUGGACUAUUUAUUUCUUGCGCUAAAUCAAUGUCCUCGACCUCUAGACAAUAGAGAAAAUAGUGGCAAGCGUCAGAGCACCGCUAAUAAUUUAGUAUGAUUGCAUUUUACAGUCGUUUCGGCAUUGUUUCCAGGAAGAUGCCGUGUCGUGUUAUUAGAACACCGUUCGAGGAGCUUCCACGUAACGCUUGGCAAAACCCCCAAAAUUUUUCAUUUAAUAUUUUAGACAACUGCGGAGCGUCAAAAAAUAUCAAGCAGCGUUUUCGGUCACACCAUAGUUCAAUAAAGGAAAAGAUAUAAACCUACAUUGUGCGCACUCCGACGUGUCACAAGCUGCCGUUAUGAGAACGCGCGAAAAGGGUCGCGAAUGCCUCUGGACAAUGUAAUCCAGGAGUAACACGUACUGGCCACAACUAAAUACAACAAACGCUCGGUAUAAGAAAGUCAUCGAGAAAGAAAUUAUAUUUCGUUAUAAGCGGUAUUUCGUUUAAAGCGGAUAAGCUCUAAAUGAGCCAUAGUAGUGCAGUGCGUGCACUCCAACAGCACGGGAGCUCGUUAAAACGUCUGCUGAAAUAUAUCCGCGCCCGCAAGGUGGGAGGGGGAGCAGGCAUGGCAGAGGGGUCAUUCCACGCCGAAUCAACCAGCGUUUUCUUUUUCGACCGUCACAGACAGUUGAAAAAUUUCCAUGUGUUUGUUGAAAUUCAAAACUCAAUUCCCCGUUUAUUUUCCUUCCCAAAAAUCAUCUACCAUUCUCGCGAAAAGUUAUUCUUCUUGUCCAGCUGAGCCAGAUGGCACCAAUAAACUUUUUUUUUUAAACGCACA